ACUCGACGCAGCGUGUUGUUCCAUCGCUGCUGCCCCAAAAUCUUUCCAUCUCAACAACAGCCAACACAGCCAAAAUAGUCCACUUUUGCCAGAAACAAAAGAGCAUCCGCAUCCUAGCCAAAAACCGAGCGGAGGAUUCGAGUUCUUCUCGCCCACAGUGAACAAUCUUAUUUUUUUUUAACAUGUGCUUCUGUGUCCUGAGUGUUGAUUGAAAGAGUUGAUUUACCAAAGAAAUUAAGAAGUUGAAAAUUGAUUUGAAAAAACCUUUCGAAGAACAGGUAAACAGGAGAAUUUGCCAGGGAAAUUAUCAUCAUCGAGUCACGUAAUUAAAACGAAACGUAAGACUCGUGAAAUAAGAGCAAAUAUUUGCAUUUUCCUGUGGCGGCGGAAAGGAAGAAUCGCUGGCGGUGCUAAUAAUAAACUAAGGACAAAAGGACUGAGGACUGGGGAACGAAGGAACAAAGGAAAAAGAGGGAGCCCAACUACCGCCCGUUAACGUGGCCAUAACAGUUUGCCAGUUAGCGCUACAGUUACCGCUACAGUUACCGCUACAGUUACUGCUACAGUUACUGCUCCACUUACACUGACUGCUGACAAUAAAACGUCACAGCCCGCCGAACGAGUCGAAGAAAAAAGAAAGCACUGAACGAUAAGCGAGGGGCAUUGAUUUACCAGUAGUCUUACACCACAAGGACACCCAGGGAUCCAAAGGAUUGCAGGAUGCGUGGCCGUCACUUGCGUCGCCGCUUCAGCCUGCAGCCCUCGUUCAUGAAGGAUGACAAUGCCGAGGAUAAACCAAAGCGUGACAAAGUGGGCAGGAACAAUGCGGUGGACGAUGCUAUUGGACCGGCGAAUGCCCGCCACAAAAUCGUCGUUAUGGGCUCUGCUAAAGUGGGCAAAACGUCGAUAAUCACCCAGUUUUUGUACAACACAUUCAGCACCAAAUACAAGCGGACCAUCGAGGAGAUGCACCAGGGCAACUUCUCCAUUGCCGGCGUCAGUCUCACCCUCGAUAUCCUGGACACCGCCGGUUCCUAUGAGUUUCCGGCGAUGCGUGCUCUUUCCAUAUCCUCGGCGGAUGCUUUUAUCCUGGUCUACGACGUCACCGACGCCACCACUUUCGAGGAGGUGCGCACAAUUCGCGACCAGAUCCACGAGACGAAGGCCACCACCGCAGUGCCAAUUGUGGUGGUUGGCAACAAGAUUGACCUUUUGGCCGAUGGAGAAACCGAACGUGAGGUUGAGUACGCCACCACAGAGUCGGUGGUCACCGUGGACUGGGAGAAUGGGUUUGUAGAGGCCUCGGCUGCCAGCAACGAGAACAUCACUCAGGUGUUCAAGGAGCUGCUGGCCCAGGCCAAGAUCACCUACAAUCUGAGUCCGGCCCUGCGUCGUCGUCGCCAGUCGUUGCCGCAGCAGAUUGGCAACAACGGGCCGGGCACCCCGCUGCACCACCAUCAGCACCACAGCCACCACCACCAGUCGCAGCAGCACCACCACAAUUCCGGCGCUGGCUCCUCCGCCUCAACUUCAGCGGCCGCUGCAGCGGCGGCGGCGGCUUCCUCCGGCGGCGGAUCCCAUGCCCCCACUCCUGCCCAGCUGCAGCACCUCCAGCGAAUCCAGGAGCGGAGUUUGGGCGCCAAGCGCAACUCAUGCAGCAUCUCCUAAAGGAGCGGAUUCGGAAUCGAAAUUGGCAUCGGAAUCCGGGGAUUCGAAAUUCGCAUCACGGCAGCUACACAAAAUGAAAAAAAAAAACAAAAACAUAACAUUACCUAAAACGGUCUCCUACAAAACGGUUUUCAAUACUUCUCCAAUAAUGUAUAACAAAAUGGGGCUUACUUUAAUGUAAACCAAUUACCAAAAACGACAAGUAUAAGGUAAAUAGAUAGGGUCGAUUCUUUUCUGAUGAAAAUUCUAGAAAGGGAGUCUAAUCUUUGAAUCAAACAGGGAAUGUUUGUCUGAAUAUAUCACUUGGCUUUUAUAAAAAUAGAUUUUCCUUAUAUUAAAAUACAAAAUACAAAAAUCUCUAGAUAUUGUAAGUAACUUAUAAAUUUGUUUAAAAGUAAAUUUUUAGCUCGGAUGUCUUAAGACUACUUGUUGUAUUUAACAAUGUACUUUUAGACACGUUCUGAUGUGGUUUUAAUCUCUAAAGAUUUCUGUGGCAAAGGUAAAAAGGCCAACUAAAAAGGAAAUAAGACGGAACCAAAGAUUAGAUUUCCCUUUGUAUGAUUAUUCAACUUUUUGCAUCUAUCGACCCGCACUAUUUUAGAGCAAUCUCGACUCAAAUGUACCUCUCUCUUGCUAUAAUCGCUCCAAUAACUUUAGUACCUUUAUCUCAAAGCCUCUGGUUUCUCAAACUCAGCUCUCAGCAUACCUAUAAAUGGAAUGGAUAUAUUGUGGUAGAGAAUAUCGAAUCGUUAGACAGCUCUAUAAUUUACUCAGAUAAAAAUACAGAAACUAUAAAGUCCCAAAAUCGAGGCAAAAAGCAUUCUUUUAUAUAUGUCUCGAUGUGUAACUUUAGCUCGAUUGUUGUGUGUGUGUGUGUCUAGUUACAGAUUCCUUUUUCCGACAGUACAGGUUAUAUAUAUAUAUAUGUAUAUAUAUAUAUAUAUUGUGUAUAGAUAACCCGUGUAGCGAGCAUUUAGAACCGGCCCGUGUACCUUAAGACAGCAAUGACAUAUUUUUGUAGACAAUAGGUCGAUAGGCGCCAGUGCUGGAACGGUUACCAGUGUUGAGAAGGGAAAGUGAAAGCUGAGACAGAAACCGAAAGCAAAUGCAUAGUUAAGAAGCAUCUCUCCGAUUGGCAAGGGAUUACCUAGGACCUAUCUGUAGAAACGUAAUGAGUGUACAUUUAGUUUGUAUUUUCAUUUUUUUCCCCGUUUACGGUUAGCUAGUAGUGUUGGUUAAUGCCAGGCAAAAAGAUUGAAAAACAAAUGGUUAAGAUUGAAAACGCAAUGAAAACACCAAAGAAUAAGACAAAGACAAAAGCAAAUGCAAAUGCAAAUAAUGAAUACGAGUAUAGAUCGAUUAAAAUAUACAUAUAUGAAGAUGUUAUGAUGGUAUGAAAUGAAUAGUCGUGUUAUAGAGUUAAUUUUGAGAUACAGAACGAAAAACGGGCCAAAGUGAAACGCAGCUAUUAUAUUGCAUACAUGGACAUCACACGUAAUUUAUUUGCGGUACAAUAAAAUAUUUACCCGCAUUCAAUCCCAAGAAAAGCCGAAAGCAAAAGCAAAACAGAGUGUUAUAUUUAUACGAUAAUAGUUAUACGUAUUGCUACAAGAAAUACUUCAGAAUACUAAUAUACCGAAUUACUAUGCGAAUAUGAAUACUAAACGGAAAUCUUGAGAAAAUACGAGGGCAAAUAUUGAUGUGUUUCAAAUGAAAUGAAAACUUUAAAGAAUUUAUGUAAUUAUUUAAUUCCAGCAAAUCGUACAAUAUCAAGUAUAUAUCUGCGUAUAUAUCUGUGUGUGUGUAUCAGUGGUUGUUUUAAAUACAAUUUAAAUUUGAUCUUUGGCAGGCCAAAGUCCUUUAAGCACUUGCUGGCUAAUAGAUUUGUCUGUUUCGUCUGUUAUGUUUAAACCCGAUUAAAUAUCAGAAUAUUAAAUGUCUAUAUAGCAGCCCUGUUGCUCAAGUAGGAUUUGCUGGCAAGAGUUUAAACUUUAAAUAUCAUUAAAUUGGCCAAAACGAAAAACACCCAAAAGAUAAAGAAUCGUAUGUAAGUGAGUAGAUCUGUCAUUAUGGUACCUAGAAAUACGGGUAUGAGUGUGAGCAUUACGUAGAAUAACUCGCAUUACAAUUGAUUUAGUUAGGCGGCGCACUGUGGCCAAUCCCCAAGGAUAUAAUUGUUCACCUCGGGAAGGAUUUCGAAAUUAAAAAUUAAGUUUAUAUGCAUUUCAGUUCGAGGACACAGUGCGUUAGUUAACAAAAAUACGAAAGCAAAGCCACGUAGAAUUGAUUAAGGUGUUAGCGAUUCCAAUCGUUCGUCGGUAUUUACUGCUAAGGAUCAGUGUUCAUGUUCACAAAAGAAAUAUCAAAACACACCACUGGAAAUAAAUAGUAAUGUUUAUUCCUAAGGGUGUUUUUAACAUAUUUGAGGCAUUAUGAUAAAAAAAAUUUAAACAUCAAUAUAAUUGCUUCAAACCGGUAUUUUUGUGGAAAUGAACACUAAGCCUUAUGUAGGAUAACCCCGAAUCAGUACCCCCUUUUUCCGGAUUAGCGAUUAAGGUUGUAUCUGCACCCAAUCGCAUAUCCCAAAUCCUGAUCCCCAAUCCCUAAUUCUCUUUGAAUGUGAAUUUGGUUCCUAGACCAGAUAUCUUACAAAAUAAAUAUAUAUAUUAAUAUGAAUAUUUACAUGCGGCAAUACAUAUAUGCAUAUACUAUAUACAUACAUAAACAUAAUGAAUAUUUAUAAAUGUAAUUGAUAAAAGCGAAGAGACAAGAACCGGAAAUAAAUGCAAG